GACAAGAGUGAGAGCAGGAGAGCAGGAGAGCAGAAUAUAACACGGAUAAUCAACUCAGCUUCAUAGAAACCAGGCAGGAUUUUUGGAGAGAAUGAAACUCAGUGGUGUGACGCUGUCAGUGUUCUUACUUGGAAUGGCUGCACAGAAUGUUGUGCAAGGAGUUGAUCUACCCAUCAGCAUGUACACAGUCACCUCUAAAAGCGCAGUUCUGAGUUGGAGUAAAUACGCAGGCUCGUACUCGUACAGACUCACAGCAACACUCCGCAACUCUCCCAAUCAGUCAGUCUUUAGCACCUUCGGCCAGAACACCGUCAUGGGCUCUGUCGCCCCUCUGUACCCCAGCAGCGCUUACACUUUUAGGGUGGAGGCACUGGACAGCUCCAUGGGUGUGCUGGCUUCUGCCACUGUGGAUGGAUACACUGCUCCUGAUGUCCCCACCAUCAUGGCGGCAUCCUCCAAACAGAGCCAAAGCAUCACAGUGGAGUUCACACAAGUCUCAGGUGCCUCCUCGUACAUCCUGAGGACAGAGACCAGCAACGGCUCCUUCAUGUCCGAGACGCCGGUGCAAGGCUCUCCGGGGACGGUGUCGGGCUUGCAGCCGUACACCGAUUACACUCUGAGUGUCAUGUCCGUCAACAGUGGAGGAAAGAGCCAACCUUCGACCUCAGUCCAAGCAAAGACAGUUUUGAACGCUCCUCUGCUAAACAGCAGCUCACCCAGUAACAGCAGCAUUGUGGUGAUCUGGGCUCCAGUUCCAUAUGCCGUACUCUACAGCGUCAGCAUUAUACGUGACGGUUCGUACCAACAGAGUCGCCUCAACACCAGUAACACCAGUGUGACCUUCAGCAGCCUGGAGGCUGGCACUAACUACUGUAUCAAAGCUAAUGCCUGGAGUUCGCUAAGCGUGCCCGGGGACGACUUCACUGUCUGCCAGAUCACCCGUCCUCGUACUCCACAGUUGAUUGCACUGGUGACCACGUCAGUGAACGAUGUUGUGGGUCUGUUGGUGUCCUGGAAUCCUGCUCAGGGAGCCAGUCGGUACGAAGCCGUGAGUUCGGCUGGACUCAACUGCUCCUCUGCUUCGACUUCUUGUACUCUGAGUCCCCUAAGCUGUGGACAGAUCCAGUAUAUCACUGUUACUGCCUUCAACCGAGCCGGACCGAGCCAGUCCUCAGAGCCGCAGCGUUACGUUUCAUUCCCGUGUCCUCCAGAGCUUGUCCGUGUGGAUGACAUUGGAAACGGUAACUGCUCCCUGUCCUGGAACUCUGUGUCCUAUGCAGAGUAUUACACGGCUUUCAGCAAGCGAGACGAUGGAAUCGAAGAGAUGUGCAACUCCACGGGCACUUCCUGUAACUUCAGCUGCCACUGCGGCUACUCGUUUAUCAUGAGUGUGUUUGCUAACAACCAAGCUGGAGCCAGUCCUCCAGGACGCAUCCUAAAUCAAACUUCCUUGCCAUGCUGUCCUGAGAACGUGUCCGUGACGGAAAUUUCCUGGGAGUCUCUGAUGAUCGUGUGGACGGCAGUUCGAGGGGCAGAAUUGUAUGAGAUACAGGCCACAGACCCAUCCAACUACACUGUGCUGUGUAAUGACACUUCACCCAUGUGUGUGCUCUCUGAUCUCAACUGCAAUACCUGGUACAGCGUUCUCGUUUCGCCCUGUAAUGAAGCCCGGGGAUGUAAUCGCUCCUGCAGACCACGCUUGACUGAAACAACUCCCUGUAUGCCUGAGGGAGUGAGCGUGAUUCCGACUAACUCCUCCUCUGUCAGCAUCACCUGGACAGCCACUAACAAAGCUGCCAACUAUACAGUCACUGUGAUUGGAUCAACAGACGGCCCCUUCACCUGUCAGUCAAGGGCAACAUCCUGUCAGGUGAACAGAUUAUCUUGUGGUUCCUCCUAUCAGGUCACCUCCAUUGCCUCCACCGCCGCUGGACUGAGCAUGCCCAGUUACAGCGUAUCCUUCCAGACAGCUCCAUGCUGUCCAGCCACAUUAAAUGUCACUCAGGUGACCCAGGCCAUGAGUAACGUCACCUGGUCAGCUGCUCAGGGAGCUCAGUCUUUUAUGGUAUCAUUGACUUCGUCACGAGGCAAUGCCACGUGUCACACUACGCAGACCAAGUGCCUGAUGGGAUGCAUCACUUGCGGAACAAACUACACCGUCUCGCUACAGGCCACCAGCUCCAAGGGAAACAAGUCAUUGUGCAUGUACCACGGCUUCUCCACCAGUGAGUGCUGCCCUUCAAGAAUCCGUCUGUACACCCGUGGCAAUAACACACUGCGUGUCUCCUGGGGGUCAUCGACCUCCCUCGGUAACUUCACAGCCCAGGUGACAGGCGGAGGCCGGGUCUAUGCCUGCAGCCCUGCACCGGGACAAAGCAUAUGUGAUGUGUCGGAGGUUAUGUGCGGUGACGUGUACACAGUCAUGGUGGCGCCCAUAAACCCAGAUGGAACCGUGGUGCCCUUCUGUCCCAGUAGGAUGUACUCCGUUUAUUGCUCUGGCAGUGGAGUCGGAAUGGUACUCUAUCGAGGCAAGAGAAGUCUGGAUUAGCAAAUGAUUCAUUUGACAAAGACCACAUCUGCACUCUUCUGCAUAACAUCGCAUCCUCAACCCCACAUUAACAACUCAUACUCACACACGAUCCUCUCAUCAUAUCCCAGAGAUCCGGUAAUUAGGAUUUACGUAUAUAGAUUAGUAUUUGUGCCUUAAUGCUAGAGUGUAUUUAAAAACAAUAAAAAGCCAUUAAAUGCAUGUAUUCAAAAGUAACCCAGCUACACAAAAACAAGUGAAAUCAGUGUAUUAAUGUUAUGUAUGUAAUGUUUAUGUGGUUGUUGGGCAAUAUGAACUUAGCUUGAAAAUCGUAUUUUCUUUACUGAUGUUGGUAGAAAAAUGUACCGGAUUUGCAUAUGAUUCAGGUAUCCCUACAAUGUUCUCAGGGUAAUGGCCAUUUUUUUCUUUGUUCUAUAAGUUCCAGAAAUAUUCGAUUGUUUAUAGAGAAACAGAGCAAAACUAAAAAAAAAGAUCCAACUAAUAAGAAAAAUGCAUAUCAAUUUACAAACUAAUUCAUUUAAAAUUUUUAUUAAUUUAAAUUUCCUGUGACCUUUAAAGG